AUGGGUGCUCAAAGAGAGAUCGUCGUCGAACAGGAGCCGGUCGUUAUCCCAGACUUUUCUGUCAAGGAUUUGCUGGGUGUUAUUCCUGCUCACUGUCACAAGCGCUCUGCAUUUAGGUCGUCGCUGUACAUAGUGAUGGACGUUGCGGUCAUCACCGCUGUCUACAAUAUCGCGACAUUCGUGGAUUCAUUCCUGAAUCCUGAAUCUCUUUCACUUCCGCACCCUCUACUCUUCCCUCUCGCUCGUUUCGCUAUCUGGGCUUUGUACGGCUUCUGGACUGGUCUCUUCGCAACUGGCCUCUGGGUCGUCGCUCAUGAGUGUGGUCACCAAGCUUUCUCAGAGUCCAAGUUUGUCAACAACGCUGUCGGAUGGGUUCUGCAUUCUGCGCUUGGUGUGCCAUAUCACUCAUGGCGUAUCACCCAUGGUCAACACCAUGCUUCCACUGGUCAUAUGACAAAAGACCAAGUCUUUGUACCUCCUACACGAUCUCAGUGGGGAUUGAAGCCUUUCAAUCCUGAGCAAGAGAACCUGCUGGGUUCUCGAGUUAGUGAGGAGGUCAGUAAGGAACUUUGGGAUGCUCUUGGCGAUUCUCCUAUUGGAGCCAUGAUUGGCUCUGCUACAUACCUGCUUGGAGGUUGGCCAGCAUACUUGAUCCUCAAUGCUUCUGGACAGAAGUAUCCCAAAGGUUCAAACCACUUCAACCCCGGUGCAAUUAUGUUCAAAGAUAGGGAAUGGGGUCAAAUUAUAAUGUCUGAUGUCGGUAUCAUUCUUUGGAUUGCCGGUGUUAUUGCAUCCAUCUCCGUUUAUGGAUUCACCAACGUGUUUGUGCUUUACCUUAUCCCUUAUCUUUGGGUCAACCAUUGGCUUGUUUUGAUCACGUUCCUUCAACACACUGACCCUCUCCUUCCUCACUACCGUGCUCGUGAGCACACCUUCCCCCGCGGCGCCCUUGCUACUCUUGAUCGUAGCCUCCUUGGUGACCUUGGCAGCUUUAUGGGCUGGAUCGGAGCCCUCGCUACUCAUGGUAUCUCCGAAACUCACAUUUGCCAUCACGUUGCCAGCAAAAUCCCUCAUUACCACGCGUGGGAAGCUGGUGAACACCUCAAGAGAAAACUUGAAGCCGCUGGAAUGCGUACUGAGGGGGCACCUGCUGGUUGGGCAGAAGUCUAUCGUGUCUUUAAAGAAUGCAAGUUUGUCGAGGAUGAAGGUGAUAUUGUCUUCUUCAAGGACGCACGGGGCCUUGCGAAGGCUCGCCCUGUAUACAACUCCGAUUCUCCCAGCGACUCUGGUAUCGAGCUCGAGAAGUAG